CCAGCAGCAGCGAGCAGCAGCGCAUCCAUCCUGCCGCGGAGCCGGGAGCCGCCGAGAGAGAGAGAGAGAGAGAGAGAGAGAGAGAGAGAGAGAGAGAGAGAGAGAGAGAGAGAGAGAGAAGACAGAAGAUGGACGGAGUGGGUUCGUUCGGAGCGGGCCGGUCCGGGUCCACCAUCGACCCGAUCACCUUCGCCAAACAGCCGCAGACCAUCCUCAGAGUGCUUUCCUGGAUAUUCUCCCUGGUGGUCUUCGCCUCCAUCGUGAACGAGGGCUAUGUCAACCUGGGCAGCGAGCGCCUCCACUGCAUCUUCCACAAGAACGCAGACGCAUGCAACUAUGGCGUGUUCGUGGGCCUGGUGGGGCUGCUGGCGUGCUCCUUCUUCUUCAUGGUCGACUACAAGUUCUCCUCCAUCAGCUCCGUCAAGGACAGGAAGAAGGCUAUAAUGCUGGAGAUCGGCUUCUCGGGUUUCUGGACCUUCCUGUACUUUGUGAGUUUCUGCUUCCUGGCCAAUCAGUGGUCUCAAACCACGGCCGAUGAGCUGCCACUCAACCAGGGGGCGGACGCAGCCCGGGCCGCCAUCGCCUUCUCCUUCUUCUCCAUAAUCAGCUGGGCCGGUCUAACGGUCCGUGCGGUCCAGAAGUAUUUGCUCGGCACAGACAUGACUCUGUUCACCACGGAGCACAUGGACGGCGGCGCUCCCACCCAGCCGUACCCCUCCAACUCACCAGUAGGGGGCACCACCGAGACCACAGAGACCUACCAGAGCCCGCCGUUCACCGAGAACAACGCGCCGCCCACGUACCAGGUUCCCAUUUACUAGAUAAGACGGUGGACGAAAGAAGGUCGGGAGAUGGAUGAAAGGAAAGUGACAGAAAAAAUCCUGCUUUCUGUGAUGUUACACCUGCAGUUGUUUAUGUGUUGAUCUGGGCUCAGUUUUCAAUAAUUAUAGAAGAAAAAAUAACGGCCUCUCCUUCUUUGUUCCCUCCUCUCGUUCCCUUUCCUUCCUUAACAUUCCAGCUUAAUCUGCACCUUUCUUUGACCUGUAUAUUAAACUCAAAUUCUUGCGUUCUCAAAUCCAGUGUCCUCGUAUCCGAGUAGAUGAGAGAGGAAGAAAACAAGGAGAGGAAAUGUAGAAGAAAAGGCCACUUUGCAGACACAAUAUUGACCAAAAAAAAAAAGACAUGAAGAGAUUAACACGUGAGUGACUCCACCGCAAAGCAGUAUUAGAUAUAGAAUAGUGCAGAAGGCACUCACAAACAGCACCUUCAUCUUAUUCUUUACAUUCAUUGACGUGUCAAAAUCCCCCUUCAUGCCAAUCAGUAUGGGGAAUGUUUAUUUUUUUUUUUUUGCUACAGUACCAUCCGGUCAGUUAAAAGUGAUCAUGUGUGUUGAAUCUGCAUGUUUCCAAAUUUAGAGAUCGACUAAGUGCCAUACUGUACUGUGUGUCUCAGACAGUGACUUAAUUUUGAGUAUAUUUCCACAUGCUGUAAAAAAAAAAACAACAACAAUGUUUUGUGACUAAGUGCAAUAUCUCACAUUCUCAUGUAGGUCUGUAGGUAAGUAUAUAAUGUACUGUAGGUAGGCUAGUUACCGUCAGGUUAGACCCAUUUCAGGUACCGUCUCAAAUUACAUACUAGUCUUUGAAGUUUGCAAGAUAUAGAAAUGAUAUCUGAAUCUAACAGAUCCUCCACAGAAGCUUGUUUACAAUUUAAAUAAAUUAGUACAGGUCAACAAGCUUCUGGGUCAUUUGUGUACAAGGAUCAGUUUUUCCAGGUUUAUAAAAGAUUUAUUGGAGGAAACCUGAACCACAGUGAAUCCUUUUUCAGUCUGUUAUUCUUCUGUGCCAGGCAUGGAUGGAUUAUUGGAAGGACCUAUGGGGUCAGGGGCCCCUGGACCAGAGCCUCUGUUUGAAGUGAUUUUUUUGAAUUUCUUGUUGGAAGGUCAAUUAAACGACUACAAGGAGAAACAAAAGACCACAAAGAGUUGCAAAGAAACACAAACAGCUGCAAAGUAAUGCAAAAUGACUACAAAGUGACUACAAAGUGAUGCAAAAUAACUUAAAGAUUCUCAAAACAACUACUAAGGGACGAAAAACAACCACAAAUAGACGACAAAGAGACACAAACCGACCAUAAAAAGACUGAAAACUACUACAAAAAAAGAAAAACAACAACAAGAGAAUCUAAAAGACUUACAAAGAGAUGCAAAACUACCAAAAAGAGACCCUUAACAACUAGAAAAGGAGACUCAAAACAAUCUAAAAGACUACAAAGAUACACAAAACGAUCAUAAAGACAGUCAAAAAGAUUAUAAAGAGACAAAAAGACUAUAAUGAGACACAAAACGACGCAAAACUACCAAAAAAGACUCAAAACAACUACAAAAAGACAAAAUAACCUCAAAGAGACUCACAUUGACCACCAACAAGAGUGGUGGGGGGCCUUGCAUGCCUAUGUUCAGGGCCCAUAGUCCCAAUAAUCCGUCCAUGGUACCAGGGAUUGUAUGUAGUGUGUGAUUUGAGACAGUGUCCUGUGUCGGGAGUUGUGUGUAUAAAUUAGGGCGAGUGGGGAGAUUCUGGGUAAGUCAGGUCCGUUUAUGUUUACGUUUUAGAAGCUGCCAAACUGCCCUGUGUUCUUAUUGCUGUCUUCUGAUUACCACAUUACUAAUACGUUGUUAUUGUCUAAAGGAUUAUAUGUGAUCACAAUGCAGGGCGGGGGGGCCGGGUAUCUGGGAGAUUCAGUGCCGUGACAAAUGUUAAAGAUCCCUAGCUGGCUAUUUCACUGAUCCUGCAAUUAUGCCAUUGAGGGUGUGGGGCGGGUCUGAAUUUGUUGCCAUGGUAACAGGGACAGGGCUGGGUGGAUGGAUGUUGGUCACUAAGGGCCCAGAUGUAGAUAGUAACCAUGCCAACCAUGUCGGUGUGUAGCAGUGUCUGUGUCGUGGUUCACGUACACUCGCCAUCAGCGAAUCUGUAGUUUUGGUGUGUGUGUGUGUGUGUGUGUGUGUGUGUGUGUGUGUGUGUGUGUGUGUGUGUGUGUGUGUGUGUGUGUGUGUGUGUGCUUCCACGUGCAACAGGUGUACAUGUGCACGUGUAUUAGCAUGCAUGGGAGACGUAUGGGUGGGAUGAGUGAGAAAAUGUGUAAAUGUGUGUAGUUAAUUCAAUUUUGUGGUGCAGAAAAGUUAUUUUUCUUGAACGUGUGUUUGUCAGAGUUUUAGUGCAGAGGAGGAAAUCAUGAGUCUGUUACGCCCUUUAAUCAUUUCCCCAAAAAUAAAAAAAGUAUUUCUGCUGAAAUAUAUUAUCAGUGUCACUGUCAAGAUGUAAGAAAUACAAAGUAUGAAACUAAGAGUUUGUUUUGAUGAACAGAGCCAAAUAUAAAACAUAUUAGAGUGAUAAUAUUGACCUGUAGAACGCUUUGCCUGUUAUUCUAACUGGUCCUUUGUAAAACAGCGCCCUCUGCAGCUCAGAGAAGGUACUGCAGCAAAGGGACAAGAGUUUUAAAAGUAAUCAUGAUAAUAAUGCAUGAAAUUGUUGUAUAUUGAUCUCAUUAUAUAUUGAAUACUAUGUAAUUCUUAAGUUGACAAGUUGUUUUUGCAAAAAUGAGAUUGUCCAGCCGACAAGAUUUCUUCUUCUUGGGUUUUUAUUAAUCGCAGUUUAUUUUUAGAUUUGCAACCAUAUGCCCAAACAACUCUUUGUUUAUUCAGUGAUGUUAUCUCGACCUCGUGAUCGAGCUGGUCACACGUACACAUAUCUCAAAGCUCCAGGGUUAAACUGUCCCAGAACGCUGACUGUUACUCUCUGAAACCAGAAACAUAACUAUAAACUGUAUUAAGUAAGAUAGUAAGUAAGGCCUUGAGCUACAAUGACAGCAAAGUACAGGCUCCGUAUUCUACUUCCUGUCCCAAAUAUAUACGUGUACUCAGAGUAAAAUGGGUUAUCUGCUGUUUGAAAUCAUUAUGAGGUUAAUGAUUGACAAAGGCAGUUUCUGAAUGCAGUCUUAAGGCAAUUCAUGUUUGUUCUAGUUUCAUUAUUUAAAUGGAUUAGAAUAGUUUAAAUCUUAUUAAACAAAGCUAAGACCACUCGGUUUAAGAUUUACCUGUAAGCAUGACUUUAAAAUAAAAACAACAUUUUAUUCACCAGACUGUCUGUCAGCGAGUGCAUAGUUAAGUGAGCAUAACACAGCAGUAUUUCCUUUUAGGAUUUUGCUUCAGGAAAACAUUUCUGGAGUAAUAUCGGUUUCAGAAUGGGUUGAAUUUUCAAAAUACUUUCAGGUACUCUGGUUAUUUUUUGCUACCGUUUAGUGUAUUGAUGCAACUUAAAGUUCAUUACCUACAAGUUGUGUUAACAUCACUGCCAACUAUUUCCUGAAGAAUUUUAUUUUAGUCUUUAAAACAAACAUUUGUUUUGGUUCAUUCUAAUAUGAUGUGAAUAUCAGCUUGUACUCCUGACAGAAAAUGUUCAAAUUGACAUUAAAGUUACCAAAAAGCAUGAAUAAUUAUGCUAAAAUAUGAAAAAUAAACGCCAGUAUAGUGAUUUAAAUCUGGGCUGCUAGUAACCUGAUGACUGGUGAUGUGAAACUGGGUUUCUGAUGGUGGUAUGAGGUACAACUGGGGUACUAUUAGGGUAGUUUGGGGUACUUUCAGGUCAGGUUGUAUUAUUGUUCUCAGUGCUUCGGUCUCUUUCUUCAGUCAGUGUGGUAGAUAAAAAAAUAAUAACAAAAGCAUUCUCUAUGUUUUGUGCUCUGGCCCAUGUACACUACCGUGGUAUUGGUUGUAAAAUUCAGUACGUUAUUGAAGUAAAUGGAACCUGUGUGUGAUGCUGUCUAGGGUCUGGUUUGUCCUGUACUACUUUAAAAUAUAAAAAAAUAAUAUUAAUAAUGAUUAUUUAUGAACUAGAAUGCACUCUCUCUGUUGGAAAUACUUUGUUUGGCCGAUCUCAAAGGGGGCCGUCGGCUCCAAAAUCAAAGUUUUGUGUGAUUUCAUGCUGUCGUUUUGUUAGACUGAGAUUAUCAAAGGUGAUGAUACGUAGUAACGCGGAUGCCAUCAGUUGUGUGGUUUCCAGUAUAAUACAUUGCAUGGAUGUUACAAUAUCUCCUCCCAUAAUAUUGAUAAUAAAAAUGUAACUCCCCCAACCCCCCAUCGACCAACAAUCAAGUAAACAUUGAUUUUUAGCGUGCUACCCCCUUUAACAUGUUUCCUCUGAGUUGUUUCUUCCUGUUCUGAAGGUGUUUGACCUCUUCAGUGUAAAAACGCCGUGUACAGAGAUGUGUGUCACUGUCUAUUACCUGAAUGUCUCCGGACUGCAGUCUGAACGUCACUCAAAUAAAUAAAAGAAAACAUGUUUUGGACUGCCUGUUUCUGCGCCUGACUUUACUGCCUGAAUAUUUGUGGAAGAUCACAUUUAUAGCAGCUGUAAUUAAUAUGUUUAUAACAAUGUAUUAAAUAAAAUAAAAGA